AUGAGACUCUUCUAUACACUUUCUCUGGUGAGUGUCGUCGUUUUGGCUUCCGACCUUACGACAGCUCGUUGCCGUUGCCCUCAGGUCAAGUGUCCCACUGAUGACUGGAGUGCCCAAGCUCGCCAUCAGCAGAAUCCUGACAUUACACAUCAGUUCUGUCCAUACCCAUACCAGCCACCCAUGCUGUUGCCAGAUCCCGUGCCAUCACCCGAACCAACCACUGAGCCUGCCAAGUGCGAGUGCCCCUUAGUAAACUGCCUUCAGGGACCCGGGCUCUGUGACUGCAUCAACACCGCAGCGCAAAACUGUUACCAAAGGUGCGGAGGCACGCCUCCCAAGCUUCAGUCUUGCCCAGACCUCCCACAGUCCACCCCCGAAGCCACAUGCGAGUGUGAAAGCGUCUUCUGCGCCCAGUCAUUCCCCGAAAGCUGCUACUGCGCAAAUGCAGCUGCGCAAGCGUGCUAUAAGAAAUGCGGCGUCGUCCCAAACUUGCAGCAAUGUCCUCCAAACGAAAUCCCUUCUAUGACAACAACAACACUACAGACAUCCACGUUGCCCGCAGAACCAGCACCUACACUCCUGCCUCCCAACACACACAAGCUCUGUGGCGGUGGUCGCGCAAACGCGUUCCAGUGCGACGAGGGUUUCACCUGCAUUACUGAUCCGUACACACCAGGCUGUGGGCCUGCAUGCGACGGUCUGGGCAUCUGUGUCGAGGACAAGAUUUGCGGCGGGUUUGCUGGGUUUGAGUGCGCAGAUCAAAACCAAGUUUGUCUUGAUGAUGAAAGGGACGACUGCGAUCCUGCGCAGGGAGGAUCGGAUUGUGCGGGCUUGUGCGUGACGCCGCACCGCAGUCUGGGGAGCGACUUGUGA